CCCCCCCCCCCCCUUAAACCCUAAAAACACACACACCCCCAAAACACACACACACACACACUUAAACCCCAACAAGUAAACAAACCCCAAAACCACCAUGAAACCCAUCAUCAUCACCCUCUUCACCCUCACAAUAUUAUUCAACUUCACACUCUCCAAACAAUCCCCAACAAUCUACCAACUCCUCAAACAAAACGGGUUACCCAUGGGUCUACUACCCAAAGGUGUGACCAAUACAACUUAUGAUGAAUCGGGUCGGUUUGAAGUGCAUUUGGAUCAAGCUUGUAAUUCCAAGUUUGAGAAUGAAUUGCACUAUGAUGUGUCUGUUUCGGGUACUUUGAGUUACGGAAAGAUUAACUCGGUUUCGGGUAUUUCGGCUCAGGAUUUGUUCAUGUGGUUUUCGGUUAAGGAGAUCCGGGUCGAUGUUCCGAGUUCCGGGUUGAUUUAUUUCGAUGUGGGUGUUGUUCAUAAGCAGUUUUCUUUGGCUUCGUUUGAUACUCCGAGGGAGUGUUUGGCUUCUGAUAUGGUAAAUGAUAAGAUCCUAUCAAGAAAAUUGGGGCGCCAUGAAGAACAUUUGAUGGCGGUUUUAUGAGUUUGAAGUUGUGGGUACAUAAAGAUGAUUCAAAGUGGCACAAUAUCUCAAUCAAGUUAUGGGUAUUUCCAUUCCUUGUAUGUAUGUGUAUAUGUAUAUGUUUUCUUUAGAGUCUGAAAAGUGAAAAGGGUCUAAGAUCAUCAGUUUUGACCGGAAUAAACGAUGAAACGAAGAACAUGAUGGAGAAGAAAUUGAAUUUAAACGAAUACAUAUUGAAGCAACGAUCAUAGGUUUAAUUUGUGAUGAUGAACAUAGAAUCGUUCAAGCGUGGGUGAGUUCUGUUUUUGUAAUAUCAAGCAUUAAUAAGAAAUAUAUUGGAUUUUUGUGUUGUUUACAUUUAUGACAUUUAUACCUUUGCUA